AUGGCCUCUAUUCGCGUUCUUUCCUUCGAUGCUGAGGGCCGUCCCGUGCAGUUCACUUCCUGGCUCGACGACCUGCAGUUGUAUCUUAUGAGCAAUAGCACGGACCACAUCUCCCUCUAUGACUACGCGUCUGGUGCUGCCGCUGCUCCUGCUGCCACAGCCGAGCUUAGUGUACGUUCACAGUGGCAGACUCGUGACGCUGCAGCUCGCCUGGCUAUUCGCAGUCACCUGCCGUUAGCUGAGCUAGAGCACUUUGGCGACUGCAAAACCGCUAAAGCCCUAUACGACGCUGUCGUUGCUCGCUACUCCUCACCUGCCACAGCCGAGCUUAGCCGUCUCAUGCUGCCUUACCUGUUCCCUGACCUGUCCACCUUUGCUACAGUCGCCGAUCUUAUCACCCACCUUCGCACUAGUGAUGCUCGCCUGCGUGCCGCCCUUCCCACCGAGUUCUGCGCUAAGAACCCCCCUCCCCUGUACUGGGCACUCCACUUCAUAGUCACCCGUCUCCCUGACACCCUCAGCUCAGUGCGCGACUAUUUCCUUGCUCGCUGUCCCACUGAGCUCACUGUCGCCCUCCUAGAGGAGAAGCUGCUAGCAGCCGAGAAGAGCAUUGUAGCUGUUGGUGCUGCUCGCGGCGCUCCUCGCACCCCCAUCUUUGAGGGGUGCUCUCCCUCUCCCCUCGCUCCCUCCUAUGCUACUGCUGCUGCUGUUGACUUCCUUGGUGCUGAGUCUGCUGGCGCUGCUUCUGCUCCUGGUGGGAGGCGCCGCACCGGCAAGGGCAAGGGGGGCAAGGGUGGCGGGGGUGGCGCUGGGGGGGGAGGGGGUGGGGGAGGUGGGGGGGGAGGCGGUGCUGGAGGGAGCGGUGGCGGGAGUGCCGGUGGGAGUGGGGCCGGCGGCGGAGGCGGGGGCGGCGGCGGGAGCAGUGGCGGUGGUGGCAGCGGCGGCAGUGGCGGCGGUGGCGGUAGUGGCGGUGGCGGUGGCGGUGGUGGCGGUCGGAGCGGAGGUAGUGGCGGCGGUGGAGGUCGGAGUGGAGGCACCGGCUCGGGCCAGAGCUCCCAGCAGCAGCAGCGUCCCCAGUCGACCCAGCAGCUUCGUGAGUGGCUUGCUCAGCGUGGGACGUCGGGGGGCAGUGGCCGCUGUUCCUAUGUCAUUCGCACAGGUGAUCGCAAGGGGCAGACGUGUGGAAAGUUCCACACUCAGUACCGCUGCUUCUUCCGCCUUGACGACGCUUGGCGUGAGGAGAUGGGCGAGGAUGUUGAGCGCCCUCGCUGGGCUGAGCUGAUGAGGGCUGGUGUUGAUAUCUUUGCUCUUGACUAUGAUGCUAUUAUUGCUGCCAUGUAUGCAUUGACUGUUAGUGCCGAGGGAGACUGUUACUUGUGUGUGCCGCCUGACCCAGGUAUAGGGCCCGCUGCCCUAGGUACUAGUGAGUCUGCUCUCUCUGGUAUGGUGCCCCCUGUACCUGCUCCCUCCAGCACUGUCCCUGCUGCUUGCGAGUCUGCUCUCUCAGGUACAGCACCCACAGAGACUGCUCUCUCAGGUACUGCACCGGCUGAGACCUGUCACACCUUCACCCUUGACUCAGGUGCUUCCCGCUGCUUCUUUCGAGACAGUACUGAGCUCACACCGCUUCCUGCACCGGUCCCAGUCUCCUUGGCUGACCCCUCUGGGGGCCCAGUCCUUGCCCAGUCCACCACUGUGCUCCCUUGUCCGGCGGUUCCGUCUGGCUCGUUGACGGGUUUCCACCUCCCCUCGUUCUCGACGAACCUGGUGAGCAACGCUGUCCUCCAGGAUCAGUGGGUUGACACCUUUACCCCUGGAGGACAGCGUGUGGCGAUCUGCACGUGCUCUAGGACCGGCCUUCACCUGACUACGUUUACCCGUCGGCCAGGGUCGAGUCUCUACACACUGACCACUGCGUCUCCUCAGGUCGCUGCUGUCGGUCAGGUGUCCGCGUCAGGUCUGGUGGCCCACGCCUGUGAGUGUCGUUCCCUGUCGCACCAGACUCUUCUCUGGCACCACCGCCUGGGUCACCCCUCCUUGCCACGCCUCCGUGGCAUGCACCGUCACCGCCUUGUGUCUGGUCUUCCCAGGUCCCUCCCUCCCCUCCCUGCCUCGUUUGCGCCGCCUUGCCUUCCUUGCGUCGAGGGGCAGCAGCGCGCCGCUCCUCACUCCUCCUCGUUCCCCCCGACAGAGGCUCCUCUGCAGACCCUCCACCUGGACGUGUGGGGCCCAGCCCGCGUUCGUGGCCAGGGCGGUGAGCGGUACUUCCUGCUGGUCGUCGACGACUACUCGCGUUACACCACGGUCUUCCCCUUGCGCACCAAGGGUGAGGUCCCUGCUGUUCUGAUCCCUUGGAUCCGCACAGUUCGUCUCCAGCUCCGCCGCCGUUUCCGGACAGAUCUUCCUGUCCUGCGUCUGCACUCUGACAGAGGUGGUGAGUUCUCCUCCGACCUCUUGAGGACCUUCUGUCAGGCGGAGGGCAUCGAGCAGACCUUCACGCUUCCGGACUCCCCACAGCAGAAUGGGGUUGCUGAGCGCCGCAUUGGCCUGGUCAUGGAGGUCGCUCGUACCUCCUUGGUCCACGCGGCGGCUCCCCAUUUUUUGUGGCCGUUUGCUGUCCGGUACGCCGCGCAUCAGCUCAACCUCUGGCCCCGUGUCUCCUUGCCGGAGACCUCGCCCACACUGCGUUGGACGGGGGAGGUUGGCGAUGCGUCGCGCUUCCGGGUGUGGGGUGCUCGUGCCCUUGUCCGCGAUACGUCCGCGGACAAGCUCUCCUCCCGCACGCUUCCCUGUGUCUUCCUUGGCUUUGUCCCUGACGCGCCGGGCUGGCAGUUUUACCACCCCACCUCGCGCCGGGUCUUCGCCUCUCAGGACGUCACCUUUGACGAGUCGGUCCCUUUUUACCGUCUCUUCCCCUACCGUACUGCCCCCCUCCCUCCCCCGCCGCUUUUCCUUGCUCCUGGUCCCCCUCCGGUAGACCCCCUUCCCCCUCAGGGUCCUGCUCCUUCAGGUGUCUCUCAGGUAGACCCUCCUCCCGUCGCUGAGCCUGUCGAGGUCACAGGGUACUGUGCCUGA